GGCUCUGACUAAUUCAUCAUCAUCCUCUUCGUUUCUCUCCCCACCCCCCUGCUGCCUGCUGGCCGCCGGCUGAAGUGAGACAAGCGAGGCCACCGAUCAAUCGACGCCCGUUUCGUUGGCGUCGAAGGGUCUCACGCGAUCGUCGAGCCCUCUCCGCAGAAGCUGACGGCUUCGCUCGGUAUAGAAACCCUACCCUACUCGUUUUGUUCUGCUGGAUAUUCCUUCCUUCCCCCCGCCCUGGCGACCCCUCCGUCCUUGCUGCGAGCCUGCGAACAUCGUUUCCGCGUGAAGUAGAGCAGCUGGUUUAUUGCUUUCCGAAAUUGCUAGGGGUUCAGUGGUCCGCCCCUUUCUGGCAAGCUAUCUGAAACGGGAUGCGCUGUGCGAUUCUGUUCCGUUCCAUGCUGGGGGUUCAAACAAUCGCGGUAGUACUUUGCCAUUUCUAAUCCGGCUAAAUUCGGCAUGCGAGCAGUUCCCAAUCCGGAGAUUGAGGGUGCGGUGUUACUGGUACAGAAUUAACAUGGGUAGAUACACAUUUAAGGAAACAAAAUUUUGAUUAUCUUUAGGCAAGAGAAAGCUGGUUAACGUGAAAUGCAGACAAUGGGCUAUGCGUGGUAUUCCUUUCAUAGAUGGAUUAGGAGACAGCAACAUGCAUGGGGGCACCCGAGUUCAAGCUUGGGUGGGAGGGGGCUCUCAGCCGGGGGUUCUACCAAUAAAUUUAUUUAUACAGAAGAUUCAGACAAGUUUAGCCGGUGGCACUUAAAGAGGCAUCGUACGGAGAAAACUGGUUACCAUGAAAUCCAGACAGCGUACCAUACGUGGUAUUGCUUUCCUGGAUGGAUAAGGAGAAAACGACACUUCUGUGUUGCUUGCCCGCGACAGGAGUGCAACUCUGAGAAGUAAUCUUCAGACUUCAGACAGGAUUACAUACAGAUGAUUUUGUUAAAACGUUUCUAGGGUUGCUGCAUGUAUAGUUGGGCAUAUAGAGAGAUUACAUUGAGUUAGUGCUCUGCUCUCGGCUGUAGCGACGCAAUGGGCGUCCUAAGAGCUGGUUCGGUUUGCUGGCUGUUCCAUGUUCUGGUUCUUGUCUGCGCCUUGUGUCAGAUACUUUAUGUUGGAUCAGUUGGGGCUCAAACUGCUCAGUUGAGUGUGGAUGCUUCACCCCAGAAUGCUCAGGUGAUCCCUGGAAAUAUGUUUGGCAUCUUCUUUGAGGAGAUCAACCACGCUGGAGCUGGUGGAUUGUGGGCAGAGCUUGUGAGCAACAGAGGUUUUGAAGCUGGUGGUCCUAAUACUCCUUCAAACAUUGACCCAUGGUUGAUCAUUGGGGAUGAAUCCAAUAUUAUUGUGGCAACAGAUCGGUCAUCCUGUUUUGCUGGUAACCCAAUUGCACUUCGAAUGGAAGUGCAUUGUGAAACUACUGGAACUAAUGCCUGCCCAUCAGGAGGUGUUGGGAUCUACAAUCCUGGUUACUGGGGCAUGAACAUUGAGAGAAGAAAGGUUUAUAGAGCUACCAUGUACAUUAAGUCGUCAGAAUCAGUGGAGUUGACAGUUUCGUUAACAAGUUCAGAUGGUCUUCAAAUUCUAGCUUCUCAUACCAUCACGGGUGACAAAGAAGAUUUUGUUGAGUGGACGAAGGUUGAAUUCGAUUUGGAAUCAAUUGGUAGAAAUACUAAUUCAAGACUUCAGCUUACGACCACCAAAAGUGGCAUAAUUUGGUUCGAUCAAGUAUCACUUAUGCCAUCAGAUACAUUCAUGGGGCAUGGUUUUCGUAAAGAUCUUGCCUCUAUGCUGGCAAAUCUGAAGCCUCGAUUUCUAAAAUUUCCAGGUGGCAACUAUGUAAUGGGGAAUUAUCUUGUAAAUGCAUUCCGCUGGAGUGAAACUGUUGGACCAUGGGAAGAAAGACCUGGGCAUUUUAACGAUGCUUGGGCCUACUGGACUGAUGAUGGACUUGGAUUUUUUGAGUUCCUCCAACUAGCAGAAGACCUUGGUGCUUGCCCAGUUUGGGUGGUUAAUGAUGGGGCCAGCCUCAAUGAAGAAGUCCCAACAGCAACAAUAGCUGCCUUUGUAAAGGAUGUUGUUAAUGGAAUUGAAUUUGCCAGGGGAGACCCCCAGACUGCAUGGGGUUCGGUUCGUGCUGCAAUGGGACAUCCAGAACCCUUUCAGCUUUAUUAUGUUUCAAUAGGGAAUCAAGAAUGUUCUAAAUACUAUUAUAAAGAUAACUACAUGAAGUUCUAUUCUGCAAUAAAAGCAUCCUACCCAGACAUCACAAUCAUAUCAAGCUGUGAUAGAUCUGCUGUUUCACCAGUCAACCCAGCUGAUUUGUAUGAUGUUCACGUCUAUACCUCAUCAGGUGAUAUGUUUUCCAGAUCUAGAAUGUUUGAUAACACAGCCCGCAGUGGACCCAAGGCAAUCGUUAGUGAAUAUGCUGUGACUGGAAAUGAUGCCGGUCGAGGAACACUGAUAGCUGCUUUAGCGGAAGCUGCAUUUCUCAUUGGAUUAGAAAGAAACAGUGAUGUGGUUGAGAUGGCAAGUUGUGCUCCACUCUUUGUAAAUGACAAUGAUCGAAGGUGGAACCCAGAUGCCAUAGUCUUUAACUCAUGGCAGCACUAUGGAUGUCCAAAUUACUGGAUGCUACACUUCUUCAAAGAUUCAAGCGGCGCGGCACUUCAUCCAUCCACUAUUCAACUUUCAAACUAUGAUCAACUGGUCACAUCUGCUAUCACUUGGAAUAAUUCACAAGAUGGGAAUACAUACCUGAAAAUAAAGGUUGUAAAUUUUGGGAGCAAAGCUGUUAACCUUAAUAUAUCUGUAACUGGGCUGGAAACUGAUAUUCAGAAAUUUGGAUCCAUCAAGACGGUUCUUACAUCUGGUUGGCUGCGGGAUGAGAACUCCUUCCAGCAGCCAGACAAGGUGGUGCCGGCGGCAAGUCCUAUAACUAACGCAGGCGAGCAGAUGGGUGUUGUUCUGGAUUCCUACUCCCUCACCUCAUUUGAUCUCCUCCUGGGCUCGAUCCAAAAGUUGCAUUCAGUCUCAGGGUCGACCUUGCAUUCAAGCUUGUGAUUGCAGUGUGUGAUGUUGCCACGAUACGGGUCCUCCAAGGCUCCAAUAGAAAAAUACAAUAUCUGUGUGCAUAGAUUAUUUGUACCUAAAGAAGUCAACAAACAUGGUUUCUUCAACAGGAUGAUGAAUUGUGAGGCUGAUUAAUCAAUGGUUUUAUAAAGUUCAGAACUUGCUUCACCACA